AUCAGACGCCCUUGACCGCACCUUUUCCUCGUCGCUCCUCCGUCCCCGGGCCCUCGCCGGUAUUCACAACAAUGUCAAGCGCGAACCCCAGCGGAACUGAUAUCCGCCCGAGGUCGCAACCCGACGCACAGAGCCAGGCGCCCUAUCCCGACGGCCCGCCCUCGUACGAUGACGCCGCGGCCGCUGGCGAGCAGACCUCCGCCGUUGACCAGGCCGUCAAUGGCUUCGCCGCCAUGCGUCUCAGCGAUCCCGCGCCUCGCGGGCUCGCGCCCAUGGAUCCCGUCCCCCGCACGACGUCCGCCAUGUCGAUGCGCUCCAACACCUUCCAAGCCCACCCCGCGCAGCGGAUACAUCCCUCCCCGCGAUCCUUCACCCUCCCGCCUGGCGCGCCCCCGCCGCCAGCGUGGCCGCAGGGCGGACCCCCCAACGACGGCGCCUCGAUCCACUCGCGCGACAGCCGCGGGGACCCUGCGGGGGGAGGAUACGAGGGAUACGACCCCGAUAUUACGAGCGCGUACAUGGACGACGCGCAGAGCGUGAUCUCCAUGGACCGUGGCUACCCACCACCCGGCCCAGGCCGCGGGUACCCACCACCGCAGCAACAGUGGGGACCGCCGCCCCCGCAGGGCGGGUACGAUCCCUACUACGCGGCCGCAUCUAACGUCCUAGGCAUGGGUCCCCCAGGCGGCGGCCCGCCCCCACCUCCGCCUGGCCCGAUGUAUCAACCGCCGCCUAACGGCGCCAACUAUCCCCCGCCACCAAACGGCGGCGGUUACCCUCCCAACAACUACCCUCCUGGCACGUACGCUCCCUCCGUCGCUUCCAGCCACUCCUCGUACAACGUCAGCUCGCCGGUCUCGCAGCAGUCACCGGACCCCAACUCUUCGUAUGCCGGCUCAUCCGCCCAAUCCUCCAUAUACCCCCAGGAUACCCCCGAGUUUGAGGGCCGGCCUCCGCUUAAUCGUGGUGAAUCGGUGAUGCCUGCAUCUCGAAUGACGAAGGCUGUCGAUCUCACGGCGCCGCCGUACACGAAGGAGUACAUCGACCAGUACCGCCAGCGCAUAAAAGCAGACCCCGACCCAGAAGCGCACUUCCAGUACGCUAAGUACCUCAUCGAUGCAGCCCGCAAGAUACGACAGACCGCAAAGGACCAGCGCGCCGCCAAAAAGUACUCCGAGGUGCUGAUCACGGAGGCUCUCAAGGUCAUUCGUAGGCUUGCCACGCAGGGCGACGCGUACGCGGAGGCGCAAUUCUUCAUGGCGAACUGUCAUGGUACUGGUGCACUCGGUCUGCAGGUUGACCAUGAACGCGCCUAUCAUCUCUACUUGCAAGCAGCGAAGCAAAAUCACCCAGCUGCUUGCUAUCGCGUUGCCGUGUGCAACGAGAUCGGCGCUGGAACUCGCCGGGAACCACCCCGGGCCGCUGCCUUCUACAGGAAGGCCGCAUCGCUAGGUGAUACAGCCGCCAUGUACAAGCUCGGGAUGAUCUUGCUGCACGGCAUGCUCGGAGAACAGCGCAACCCACGAGAAGCGAUCGCGUGGCUGAAGCGGGCGGCAGAACAGGCGGACGAGGAGAACCCGCACGCACUGCACGAGCUCGGCCUGCUAUACGAACAGCCCAACUCGGGCUUGGUGCCGUACGACCCAGCAUAUGCGAAAGCAUUAUUCACGCAGGCAGCGCACCUCGGCUAUACGCAGUCGCAGUACAAGCUCGGUCAGUGCUAUGAGUACGGCCACUUGACAUGCCCUGUGGAUCCCAAGCGGUCGAUCGCGUGGUACACCAAGGCGGCGGAGAAGGGAGAUGCGGAGGCGGAGCUGGCGCUCAGUGGAUGGUACCUGACGGGCAGCGAGGGUGUGCUCAAGCAGAGCGACUCCGAGGCGUACCUCUGGGCGAGGAGAGCAGCGAACAAAGGCCUGAGCAAGGCCGAGUACGCUGUCGGGUACUACGCGGAGGUCGGUAUCGGCGUGAAGCAAGAUAUAGAACUUGCGAAGAGGUGGUACAUGCGGGCAGCAGCCCAGGGGAAUAAGCGCGCGAUGAACCGGCUGACGGAGCUGAAGCGGAUGGGGAACAAGCGGUCGCAGAUGGCGCGCCCGACACGGCAGCAGGCCAAGGACGAGUGUGUGAUCUGCUAGUUGCUGUUGAAGUUCGAGUUCGCCGCCCGUCUAGAUACGUCGACCUCUCCGCACGUGGUUAUCAUCAUCGCAAUCGAUCUGCGUAUUGCGUCUGUCGUCAUUGUCACUGUAGAGAACACUAGCGUAGGAUCACUUUAUUUACUCACUUGCCUUUC